GAAGAUCUGAGACAGAUGAAAACAGCUGUACUUGAAGAUCCAUAAUGCAAUUCGGCUGGCAUUCUGUUCUGAUAUUCAGGCUUUGCAGUACAUCCACAAUGGCUGCGCGAAAUCGCUACGCGAUCCUUUAAUAUGCACCCAGCUGAAAAAGGCGAGGAAAAGGGUACCACCGGACCAGUCUCAAAAUGACCACCGGCUUCAGCUCGAAUUCUUGUCGAUUCGCAGAUUAUUUUGUUAUCUGCGGACUUGACACUGAAAGCGGGCUUGAACCAGACGAACUGUCCGCUUUAUGCCAGUAUAUAGAGGCUACUAAAUUCAGAGAUGGGGCCAGAGGAUUGGCGAGUGCAGAUGAAGGUGAGAAUUUUGAGCAGAGUCCACUGCGGAGAACCUUUAAAUCCAAAGUUCUAGCGCACUACCCAGAGAAUGUGGAGUGGAGUCCAUUUGACCAGGAUGCCGUUGGCAUGCUGUGUAUGCCAAAGGGUCUGUCCUUCCGGACACAGGCGGACACACGCGAGCCUCAGUUUCACCCCUUCAUCAUCACACGGGAGGACGGCUCGCGGACGUAUGGCUUCGCCCUCACCUUCUACGAGGAGGUGACCAGCAAGCAGAUCUGCAGCGCCAUGCAGACCCUGUACCACAUGCACAAUGCCGAACAAUAUGACAUCCUGCACACCCCCCACCACCCCCGCGGUGCCCAGAGGAGCAGCGCCACCUCCAUCCCCACCCUCUCAACCCCCACCCCCAACACACUCCUCCCCACACCCUCCAUCUCCCGGCUGCAGCGCUUCAACUCCUACGACAUCAGCCGCGACACGCUCUACGUGUCCAAGUGCAUCUGCCUCAUCGCACCCAUGGCCUUCCCCCAGGCCUGCAGGAAGGUGCUCCAGCAGCUCCACCAGGCCGUCUCCUCCCCCCAGCCCCCGCCCCUCCCCCUGGAGAGCUACGUCUACAACAUCCUAUACGAGGUGCCCCUGCCUCCCGCUGGGCGCUCCCUGAAGUUCUCGGGGGUGUACGGGCCAGUGGUGUGCCAGAGGCCCAGCACGGCAGAGCUGCCUCUCUUUGACUUCCCUAUCAGCCAGGUGUUUGAGCUGCUGGGGGUGGAGAAUGUCCUCCAGCUGUUUACUUGCGCCCUGCUGGAGAUCCAGAUCCUGCUCUACUCACAGCAUUACCAGAGGCUGAUGACUGUGGCAGAGAGCAUCACAGCCUUAAUGUUCCCUUUCCAGUGGCAGCAUGUCUAUGUGCCCAUCCUGCCUGCCUCACUGCUGCACUUCCUGGAUGCCCCCGUGCCCUACCUGAUGGGUCUGCACUCCAACGGAGAGGGUGACCGCACCAAACUAGAGCUGCCCCAGGAGGCCAACUUGUGUUUCGUGGACAUCGACAACCACUUCAUCGAGCUGCCAGAGGACCUUCCUCAGUUCCCCAACAAGCUAGAGUUCAUCCAGGAGAUCUCUGAGGUGCUGUUGGCAUUCGGCGUGUCUCCAGAGGGAAACCCGCACCACAGCCAGGGUCAGGCCAAACACCGGUGCUUACGCUCCACCGACAUGGUCACGGACAGACGCAACGGCAACCUGGCCAGCUCGCCCCUCAACUCCUACCUGCUGAGGGAGAACGAGACCAUCGCCAGACUGCAGGCCCUGGUCAAGAGGACUGGGGUCAGCCUGGAGAAGCUGGAUGUGAGGGAGGAUGCCAGCAGCAACAAGGACCUGAAGGUGCAGUGUGAUGAGGAGGAGCUGAAGAUGCACCAGCUCAACAUCCAGGUGCGAGAGGUCUUCGCCAACCGCUUCACCCAGAUGUUCGCCGACUACGAGGCGUUUGUCAUCCAGCCCAGCCAGGACAAGGAGUCCUGGUUCAGCAACAGGGACCAGAUGCAGAACUUUGACAAGGCCUCCUUCCUCUCUGACCAGCCUGAGCCCUACCUGCCCUUCCUGUCCCGUUUCCUGGAGACUCAGAUGUUUGCCUCCUUCAUCGAUAGUAAGAUCCUUUGCCAUGAUGACGAGGACAAGGAACACACAUUGAGGGUGUUUGACUUCCGCGUGGACAAAAUCCGCAUGCUGAACGUGCGCACGCCCACUCUGCGCACCUCCAUGUACCAGAAGUGCACCAAUAUCGACGAGGCGGACAAACUCCUUAAAAAGCGAUAUGAGAAAAUCGAUUUUGUCUCCCCUGAACCUCACUCCAUCGGGUUAGAGAACUACAAGGCUCACCUUAAGAAGGCCAUAGAGAUGCGGGUGGUUAAGAUCGACCACACGGCACUGCAUCCCCACCUGCUGGAUAUGAAGAUUGGCCAGGGUCGCUACGAACACGGCUUCUUUCCCCGGCUGCAGUCUGACGUGCUCUCCACUGGACCCAUCAGCAACAAAUGGGCGAAGAGGAGUGCUCCAGCACAGUGGAGGAGGAAGGACAGACAGAAACAGCACGCUGAACACCUUUACCUGGACAACGACCAGAGAGAGCAUGUGGAGUGUUUGUUCCCGGAGCUGCAGCUCCUGCUGUUUCUAGACUACUACUGGCUCUCGCAGUCCUUCAGGCCCUGUCUAAAGUCUGUGACUGUGGAUGUGAAAUACAUCCAGGAGGCCAGGAACCUGGGCACUACCAUCCGGCAGCCCAAGCUGUCCAACCUCUCCCCCUCAGUCAUCGCUCAGACCAACUGGAAGUUUGUGGAGGGUCUGCUGAAGGAGUGCAGGAAUAAGACCAAGCGCAUGCUGGUUGAGAAGAUGGGCAGGGAGGCGGUGGAGCUGGGUCAUGGGGAGGUCAGCAUUACAGGCGUGGAGGAGAACACACUUAUCGCUUCCCUCUGUGACCUGCUGGAGAGGAUCUGGAGCCACGGGCUGCAGGUCAAACAGGGUAAAUCUGCCUUGUGGUCCCACCUGCACCACUAUCAGGAGAGCAAAGAGAAGACGGAUGCAACGCCAGCCGGUUUGGGUCCCCCAGGUCUCAUCCACAACACAGAGAGACGCAAGUCUGACGCUGGCGCUGCCUUGCCCCCUCUCAAGGUAUCCCUGAUCAGGGACAUGAGACACAUCCAGAACAUUGGGGAGAUCAAGACAGACGUGGGCAAGGCCAGGGCCUGGGUGAGGCUCUCCAUGGAGAAGAAACUGCUGUCCAGGCACCUCAAAAAGCUGCUAUCUGACCAUGAACUUACAAGGAAACUAUACAAGCGUUAUGCUUUUCUGCGCUGUGACGAUGAGAAAGAGCAGUUCCUGUACCACCUCCUGUCCUUCAACGCUGUGGACUACUUCUGUUUCACUAAUGUCUUCACCACCAUCAUGAUCCCAUACCAUGUGUUGGUGAUUCCCAGUAAGAAACUAGGAGGCUCCAUGUUCACAGCCAACCCCUGGGUGUGUGUGUCUGGGGAGCUGGCUGAGACCGGGGUGCUCCAGGUCCCCAAGCACACUCAGGAGAUCACCUUUGAGUGCCAGAACCUGGGCAAGCUGACCACAGUGCAGAUGGGCCAUGAUAACUCAGGCCUGUACGCCAAGUGGCUUGUGGAGUAUGUUAUGGUCCGGAAUGAGAUCACAGGGCAUGCUUACAAGUUCCCGUGUGGCCGGUGGCUGGGGAAGGGGGUGGACGAUGGCAGUCUGGAGAGGGUCCUGGUGGGAGAGCUAGUGACACCAAACUCAGAGAAUGAGGACAGAAUGUGUCGUACGCCCCCCAUGCAGCAGUCCCCUGGGAUGAUGAGGAGGUUCGUCACCAUCUCACCAAACAGCAAACCAAAGUUGAACACUGGUCAGAUCCAAGAGGGAGUGGGAGAAGCCAUCAAUGGGAUAGUGAAGCACUUCCACAAGCCAGAGAAGGAGAGGGGCAGUCUGACCCUUCUGCUGUGUGGGGAGUAUGGUCUAGUCUGGGCUUUAGAGCAGGUGUUCCAGCAUGGCUUCAAAUCCCCACGCCUCUUUAAGAAUGUCUUCAUCUGGGACCUCUUAGAAAAGUCACAAGUGUACUUUGAGAGUGCUGAGCAGAGGGAGGUGACUCCAGAUGAGAACUGGCAAACCAGAGUACGCCACUUCUGCCGCUUCAUGCGGGCCAUCAACAGCACAUCUAGGAACAUAGGCAAGGAUGGGAAGUUCCAGAUGCUGGUGUGUCUGGGUGCCAGGGACCAUUUGUUACACCACUGGAUCGCUCCUGCAGACUGUCCAAUCACGGUGCAAAUGUACGAGGACACAGCACUGAUAAAGGACCGCUCAUUGGUAAAUUCUCUGAUCAGAGUGCUACAGACUUUGCAGGAAUUCAACAUUACCCUAGAAGCUUCACUUGUCAAAGGGAUUGGUAUCUAGGCCGUCCUUCGUUUGCACCAAUUGGACCUGACUAAGGAAGACUGUUAGGGACCACUAAAGAACAAUUAAACCUUUUUAUGCGGAAAGAGACUUGAACAAUUAAGGCACGAUUUCUGGCUUAUAUUAAAGCUACUGUUACAUUUGCCAUAUAUUAAAUGCAAUGAGCCUUUCAAAAUGUGUUGUUAUUUCUAUCCUCAACAAUGUUGCUGUUAGACGUUAAGAAUAUGUUUUCUAUUACGAUCCAUGAUUUUCACAUUGUUGAAGAAGAUAACCCACCUGUUCUAUACUGCUUUAUUGAAAGCUAAAUAUUUUCAUUGUUAUUGUGAACUGCUGACAAUGGCUAUAUUCUAAAAAAGGAAAACAAGGAACAAAAAUUGUUAAUAUAUUUUCGGAGAAGAACAGUAUUAUUUUGAUAUGUCUGUCAAGUUGCUUGCUCUGUUCUAAUUCUAACUGUCAUAAUGCAGAGCUUGAAGCAAAUGAUGUAGAAGUAUGCUUUAUAAGUAUGAAUAUGACAUGGUAUAGAUGUUUGUGAAGGGUGGAAAACUGAUUCACCUACAUCAAUAUGACAGUGUGUAAGUUUGGAUCAAUCCCCCUGGAAGUACCGUAGUAUGCAACUCUUCUAUAUGGAAUAACUUGGCCUAAGAAGAGGCUCCUGGC